UCGGCUCUCGUAGCGACCGCAGCCGAGUCCCGGACACCGCCUGAACAUGGACUCCGCCGGCCAAGAUUAACCUAACAUGGCAGACCAGAGACAGCGCUCACUCUCUACCUCCGGAGAAUCACUGUACCACGUUCUUGGACUGGACAAGAAUGCAACCUCAGAUGACAUUAAAAAGUCCUAUCGGAAACUUGCCUUGAAAUACCACCCUGACAAGAACCCUGACAACCCAGAAGCCGCAGAUAAGUUUAAGGAGAUUAACAACGCCCACGCCAUCCUGACGGACGCCACAAAGAGAAACAUAUACGACAAGUACGGCUCGCUGGGGCUCUACGUGGCCGAACAGUUUGGGGAAGAGAACGUGAACACCUACUUUGUGUUGUCCAGCUGGUGGGCCAAGGCCCUGUUUGUCUUCUGCGGCCUCCUCACCUGCUGCUACUGCUGCUGCUGCCUGUGCUGCUGCUUCAACUGCUGUUGUGGGAAGUGCAAGCCCAAGGCACCUGAGGGCGAGGAAACGGAGUUCUACGUGUCCCCGGAGGACCUGGAGGCCCAGCUGCAGUCUGAUGAGCGGGAGGCCACAGACACGCCAAUCGUCAUACAACCAGCGUCUGCCACCGAGACCACCCAGCUCACGGCUGACUCCCACCCCAGCUACCACACCGAUGGGUUCAACUAGGUUCAGGAGAAGCUGUGGUCAGAGGAGGAACAGCGCCCGGCCACGCCAACCUUAGCAUCAUGAACUGUAGUCACAGAGAUGGGGGAAGUCCACUCGCCCACCCGCCGUGGCUGCGUCAGGGCCUCUCCCACCUCUUCCACGCCUGCCCAGCGUCGACCCUUGACCCACGAAGUGCGUAGCAUGCAGUAUUUAAAGCAGUGUAGCUACGGUCUUCUUCUGUUUUUUUCUUUUUUAAUAGCAUGUGCGGGGUUAUGUUCCAUGUCUGUGUUGUGGACGUGCCGUGGCGUGGCCGCGUUGGCCGCACGGUGGAGCUGCCUCAGGGCUUACAGUCUGGUCAGUCCAGGGAGGGUAGUUGGCUGCAGCUGUGGCUGCUGGGUGCCACCUGGCCAGUUGGGUGAGGAAGGGAGGGGCCACCCCUUCCCUCCUCGUGCUCGUGGAGGCCAGAGGCAGCUGCUGGUUGGAGCUGUGUUGCCAUGUUGGCUGCAGGGUCUAGUUUGUGCUGUGUGCCGUCAGCCUCAGGGUCGAAGCAGGCUCAGAUCUCACUUGUCAGGGAAGGGGCUGGGCUGUGUCCUCCUGGCACCACCAGCAUCAACGCCCAUUCCGUGGUUGGGUCAGUAUGGCUGGCUGAAUUGUGUCUACCGAGUUUCGUUGGCCAUGUGGCAGAUCCUCCUGUGGGGGAAUGUGUUGUGGAAAGCAUGGGCGAUCCCCUUCUGAGACUGAAACCACAUUCUCUUUACAGUGUUUCUAGCCUGGGUCUCCUAGUCAUGACUGAGGUCUUGUCCUUGGAGGUGUGUUCCUUGUCCACGGGGUGGGGGAUGUUUGCGUUCCUGCGCCUUUCCAGGACUGGGAGCUAGAUGGAUGGGGCCACAGUCUCCCCUCACCCCUCCCUGGGUCAUCCUCCACAUUCCUUUGAGCUCAACUAUCCUUUUCUUAACUCUUUUUGGACCUUUAGAUUUACAAGUGGUAGGACCAGUUCGGUUAGUAACAGAGGGACUGUGAGUCCAUACUGAAAAGUGCCCAAUUCCUGGGAAUGGGUGGCCCUUAGCCCUCCUCACUGCUGGAGGCCCCACCCACCACAUUUUCCUUUGCCCAUCAUUGAUGAUUCAGGCAGUGCUAGAUACAUUAGGACCCUGGAGGAAGAACUGGCUGGACCAGAGGUGCCCUUGGGCCUCUGGAGGGUUGGGUCCCAGAGAGGCCUUGGUGAUUCCCUUGGCUUUUCAGCCAGCCUAGGAGGCCAGUAGUCAGAAGAUGGGAUCCAUUUGUGGACAGUGGACAUGAGUCUUCCCUGUCGGUGUCCCAGACCUUGUGGGUAUGCCCGUGCUGGCCGAGAGCUCUCUAGCUGUGCAGGGCUUGGCUUCUGCAGAGCUUUCCUAGGGGCUACUGCUGAGCAUCUGGAUUUCCAGUAGAGAUGAAAAUGAGGAGGCCACACGGUGGUAGCUCUCCAGCUCAGACGAGCCGGAAAGUUCUCCUGGAGCCCACUCCCCUGCCUGCCUGCUGACUCUUGGCCCCAGUACACCCAGCCUCCUCAGCCACCCACCCAGGGCUGUGCAGAGGGUAGGUUCAGGUUGACCAAGAAGUUGCCAGAAGGGACAUGGAUGUGAGGACAAACCUAGGUGUGCUUAGGAACGUGGUGCUGGUUAAGCCCCAGCUGAGCCCAACAGUUACCCUGCAGGGCCACCAGCUGGCUGCCGUCACCAGGUCCUUGGGUGGUUCCGUUUGUCCCAUUUUGCUUUGGUUUUUGUUCAAUAUAGUGAUCAUGGAGUCAUUCAAUGAGAAGGGAGAUGUGCACUGUGCUUUUUAAAUUAGGAAUAACAUGUUAAAACCAGACUUCUUGUAAAAGGAUAAGCAAUUCAUGGCUUGGCCUGUUCUGGAGCAAGGGGGGAAGUGAGACAACAGGGAAACUUCUGUGCCAAUCCUGAUACAGCAGCAGCAAGAAUUCAGCCUGAGGCAGCGCCCCAGUCCACCUUUGUGGCAUUUUUAGCAGUAACUAGGAAGUGAGUUGUUUUCCCCAGAGUGGCCAGGAGUCAGGCUCUAAGCUUGGCUCUGAGAAAUAGAGAGCCAACCCAGGACCUGGCCUCCGCCAACCUGUGGCGAGGACAACCCAGGGCUCUUUCACACCUGUCAAAGCAGGUCCCUUGCCAGGUGGUUUUUAAAUUAUACAGUCCUAUCAACCAUUUCUUAGAAGUAGGCAGCUUGCCAGGGCAGUGGGUAGGGCAGGAUGGGGGAGCAGCGGGUCUAGAGCGUUUGGAACCUGGUUCUCUGCAGAUUUUGUAAAAACUAAAUGAAUCAUGGCCAUGACAGCGACUCUCACAGAGAUGGUGGGAUUACAUGGCCCAGACCCACCCUCCCAGGAGGGCUGAGUUCCUCUACUGCCUGACCUUGAGGAAAAUCCUCUUUUUGGUGUUUUACCCUAUUGGUUUUAAGGCCCUGUCUAGGCUUACGGACAAAAUUCCUCUCAUUCUCUUUCCCUGUUUUCUUGAGUAGACUCUCUGUUUUCUUUCUCUUAAGCAGAGCUGGUGGGUCCUGGGGCAGCUGGAGCCAUGUGUUUACAAGUCAGGAUGGCCCCACCUUCCCAGCACCCUCCUGCUGUCACUCAGGCUGCAGAUGGUGCUGCAGCAAGCGCUGGGGAGUGCUGGGUUGCUGUGCAUUGGGGCCUGUCCAGUUCCAUGGGGUCUGGACCCCGGGCACUGCUGACCAACAGGAGCCACCUGAGGGUCCUGGGCUCGUUCCGGCAGCUGCUGGCAUGUGGGUUUAUUUCCACUCAGUGACGUGGGUGCGUUUGGUCUUCCUUUUGGCUUUAUUUUUAAACUGCUUUAGAUAUUACUGCUUGGUGUUCGUGAACUUUCCUAAUUCUCUGAUGUUCAGUUAAUGCAGCCGACACCCCGUGGGGACCUAUUAGAAAAAGAAACCAGAGUGUGCGCUGUGGCUGGCAGGAAGCAGACUGCUGGGCUCGGGCUCCAGGUCCAGGCCCAGGUCCAGAAAGUCCCUGAAGCAUCACACUAAUACUGUUCUCAGACCUCUAGCCCAAGUGUCGCCUGGAGCCACCACCUCCCAGCACCCAAUAGGUGGGUGCAGGCAGAGCUCAGCAUGAGUCUUGUCAGUCCCCUGGCUCUUGGUGCCGCCUGCCGUGGGGACAACUUGUGAGGGGUAUACAAAGUGACUGAUCUCCCUUUCCCAGUUCUGGAGCUUUGAGCCCAUGUGGCACAGGACUGCCCUGUGUCUUGGUUGUGAAUCAUACUCCUGUGGAAUUGGCAGAGGCUCCAUUCUUAUUGUCCUCACCAGCACGGUUUGCGUCAUCACAUGCUGUGAGUGUGGGCUGUGGUGUGUCUGUGUGUGUACAUAUGUGCAUAUGUAUAUAUCAUGCAGCAGGUGUGUCAUGCUGCUGUCCAGCAGUGAAGAAACAAGUACAAUAAAAGCUGGCUCUUGGACAGCCUCUGGUUUCUUGGCGCGUCAGGCAGGGACAGGGUCUCUACAAGGUUCUCCUGGCAGAUGCACAGGAGACACCGGGCCUAUUGUGUGCCUGCCAGUAUUGGCAUCCACAGAGUCAGGCGCGAGGGUGGUUGUCACAAGCAUGCCCGUCCCUGGGGGCUCUUUGUCAUGCCCACCUGACCCUCAGGUGUGUGUCUCCAUGUGGAAUCUAAGUGACUGGAAACUGUUUCCGUCCUUGAAACGUUAAAACCUGUUUUCUAGGCAACAGAUACAAUCAGUGGCAAAGUUGAGUUCAAGGGCAUUCUGGGAAAGGUCUGUCCUGGCCACAGGUCCACCCCAGAGCAUCCACACGGGCGUGGACAGGGGCCAUGCAGCACCAUACUCCGGGGUAGAUUUUGUUUUUCUAGAAAAUGGGGAAAAUGUUUCAAGCCACAUGAGAGGAGGACGUUUACACUGAAACACAUUGUUUUUAAAGAUUAAAUGCAAAUGCAUGGAAAUCAGUUGUCCAUGUACUGGUUUCAUGCCGUUCUGCAAUUGGAUGUGUUGGAUGUGGGCUGCUGUGGGCGCCUCUGGUGACCCUGCCUCUCACACGCACACCUGAGGGCCAGGUGGUUUCGCAUGGUGAUCUCUGUCUUGUGUGUCUGAAUGUUGACCUAAAAUAAAGAUAACUGUUGUAAAAUAAAUGUUUUCACUGCA